GACGCAGCGGUCCAGGGAGAUGCGCCGUUGACGUUAGAAGAUGUACCUGGGAGAAAUGUAUAAAAGAUUUUGCUCCGAUCGUUUCGGCAUCAGUCGCUCAUCAGCUACGAAACCAAAUCAGUUAACCAUGAAAUUGAUCAUUGUCGCCCUUGCCUUCGUGGCCGUCGCCGCCGCCGCCGUUGUUCCCGUGCCAAACGAACAAGUACAGAUCCUUCGCUCUGAUUUCCAAACUAAUCCCGAAGGUGGAUACAACUUCGGCUUCGAAACUUCCGAUGGCUCCUCCCGUUCUGAGACCGGUUCAUUGAAGGACGUUCUUGAUGAGGACAACAAACCACACCAAGUCGUCACGGUCCGUGGAACCUUCUCUUACAUCAAAUCAGACGGUACGUCAGAGACCAUCAACUACACCGCUGACGAGUUCGGAUUCCACCCUGAAGGAGAUUCCAUCCCUAAAGCAGUAUCAAGGAGAUAAGCUGACUGAUAAAUCGGUAUAACCCUGCCUACUGCCAUAUUUUGUACAUUUUUACUGUUGAUUUACAUUUGAAUAGGAAUUAUACGUUGAAUUGUCUAAA